AGCCAGGAGGCUUCAGAGCUUCGUCCAGAACAGUCAGGAAAAGGGCAUGGGAAGGAGAUUGUGGGACUGCGCUGCCAGGUUUUCUGGGCCGAUGACAAAACAUGGUACAAGGGUGAUAUCACCCAACAUGAUGCCACCAAGGGGAAGCACCUCGUUGAGUAUGAGGAUGGUGAGACAGAGUGGCUUGACCUCAGCCAAGAAAAGUUUGAGCUGCUGCAGAAAUCAGGUAGGCCCCUGAAGCGCCUGGUGAAACGCAAAGUUAUACUGUCAUCAGACGAUGAAGACGAGGCUGCUGCUGCGCCGAUGGAUAUGAGCGGGGACGAGUCAGGCAGCGAGUUUGUGGCCGACAAGGCCUCCAGCGAAAGCGACAGUGAUGACAGCGCUGAUGAUGCCGCCAGUGAGGAGGAUGAAGCGCCAAAGAGGAGGACACCCGCGAAGAAGGCUGCAUCCAAGUCAGCAGCGAAGCCAGACACAGCGCAGAAGCAGGUCUUCAAGACCCCUGCAACCGCGCCGCGCAUCGCCCCUACAUUCGCUCAAGGCAGUGCACAGCAUAAGGGGUCUGGCACAGCCAUGCGCGCAGCUCUCAACACCCCUGCCACCGCCGCAAAGGGAGGCGCAGAUGAUGUGGAACCAGCGUCAGACAUGGCGAGGUACGCCAAGAGGGCGGAGGACCGCUUUCCCUUUCUGUCACCACAGGAGAUCAGGGAUGCCACCAGGAAGCGCCCAGGGCAGCCUGGUUAUAAUCCUCGCACGCUCUACAUCCCCCAUGACUGGUUUAAGAAGGCCAAGGUGUCGGAAGGGCAGCGGCAGUGGUGGGAAUUCAAGGCCCAGCACUUCGAUUCGGUGAUGCUGUUCAAGAUGGGCAAGUUCUAUGAGAUGUUUGAGAUGGACGCGCACGUGGGCGCUGAAGUGCUGGGCCUCACGUACAUGAAGGGCGAGCAGCCGCACUGCGGGUUCCCAGAGGUGAACUACCUGAUGCAUGCGGAGCGGCUGGUCAGGGCGGGGCUGCGAGUGGUAGUUGUUGAGCAGACAGAGACGCCUGAUAUGCUGCGUAUCCGGAAUGAUAACCGCCCCGCCGGCCAGGCCAAGUGCAACGUGGUGAGGCGGGAGGUGGUGGCGAUUCUGACAACCGGCACGCUGGCGGACCCGGACAUGCUGCGAACGCAACCGGAGGCGGCCUACGUGCUCAGCCUGUGGGAGCGGCCGGCGCCGCCCGUGGCCCCCGGGGGCCCCCAGCGCACACUCCUGGGCGCCUGCUACGCCGACUGCGCCUCCAACACCCUCACCCUUGGCCAGUGGCAUGACGACCUCACGCGGUCGCAGCUGCGGGCGCAGCUGGCGGAGAUGCGGCCAUCGGAGCUGGUUCUGCCGGCAGGGGGAUUAAGCGAGGCGACGCAGAGGGUCCUCAAAGCGGCGCUGCGGGGCCCGCGCACGAACCGCCUGGCCGCCCCCGCGUCGGCCGCUGAUGUCAUCCAUGAGCUGGACACGCGCGACUACUUCUCCUGCGCCGCCGGCAUGGAAGCGGGCUCCCGCGAUGCCUGGCCCUCACUGCUCAAGGAGCCAGCAGAAGCUGAAGCGGCGCUGCUGGCGCUGGGAUUGGCGCGGCGGCACCUGCAGGAGGUGCUGCUGGACGGCCGCGUGCUGCCUCUGGGCGCGUUCCGGCCGCUGCCCGGCUGCGCGCGCGUGGCCGGCGCCGACGCGGCCCCCGACGCGCCGCGCUUCGUCGCCCUCGACGGCUCCGCUUUUGACAACCUGGAGGUGCUGGAGAACACGGAGGGUGGAUCAGCGGGCAGCUUGGUGGCGUGCCUGGACAUGUGCACGACGGUGAUGGGCAAGCGCCAGCUGCGCGCGUGGCUGUGCCGGCCCAUGGCGCGCAUCGCUGACAUCACCGCGCGCCAAGACGCCGGGCUAGUCCCUGUAAUUGUCUUACUUGCGCCCGCAUCACCCGCCAGGGCCCGUGAACUCUUUAGGCUGGGGGAUUUAGAGCGGGCGUUGGCGCGUCUGCAGGCGAGCACGCUGGCGGAGGGCGAGGGCACAAACGCGGCCAUCUACUACGAGGACACCGCCAAGCGCAAGGUCCUCUCGCUCAUCACCGCACUGCGUGGCCUGCAGAGCGUCCAGCAGAUGGGCAGCGAGCUGGGCAGCGAGGAGCUGCGGCGGCUGACGAUGGGGCCGGCAGCGGCCGGCAUGGCCCGGCCGCUCAAGGAGCUGCAGGCCUUCACCGACUGGGAGCAGGCCGCCGAGCUGGGCCGUGUCAUCCCCCACCCCGGCGCAGAGGCUGCAUUCGACAACGCCGACGCUCGGGUUGCAGCAGUGGAGGCAGAAUUUGAGCAGCAUCUCAAGGAGGUGAAGAAGAAGCUUGGCUGUUCCAGCAUCAGCUACGUCUCUGUCAACAAGGACAGCCAUCUCCUGGACAUUCCAGACUCUGCGGCGGGGAGCGUUCCCUCUUCCUACGAGCUGGUGGGCCAGAAGAAGGGGUGGAAGCGGUACCGCAGCCCGCGCUCGGCCGAUCUGGUGCGGGACCACACAGCCGCGCAGGAGGAACGCGAAGCAGCCCUCUCCACCAUCCUCCAAGGCGUGGUGCGGCGGUUUGCGAGGGAGCAUGCAGUGUGGGAGGCGGCCGUGGAGGCGAUGGCUGAGCUGGACGCGCUGAUGAGCCUGGCGGCUGUGGCCGACGUCGGCAGCGCCCAGGGGCCCAUGUGCCGGCCCAGGCUCGUCCCUGCAGACCGUGACCGCCAGAUUUUCACCGCGAAGGGCUUGCGGCACCCCUCGGCGGGCCUGCACAUGAGCGCGGGCGCCACAUUCAUCCCCAAUGAUGUGGAGCUGGGCGGCGACAAGGCCCCCUUCAUUAUCCUCACCGGUCCCAACAUGGGGGGGAAGAGCACGCUGCUGCGGCAGGUGUGCCUGGCGGCGCUGAUGGCGCAGGUGGGCGCCUGGGUGCCGGCUGUAAGCCUAGAGCUGACGCCCGUCGACGCCAUCUUUGUUCGCAUGGGCGCCCGGGACGCCAUCAUGACCGGCCAGAGCACGUUUCUGGUGGAGCUCAUAGAGACGGCGGCGGCCCUGAACAGAGCCACGAGCGCCAGCCUGGUCGCUCUUGAUGAAUUGGGCCGAGGCACCGCCACCACUGACGGUGCCGCCAUCGCAGCCGCGGUCAUCCACGCCUUCACGCAGCGGAUCAAGUGCCGGGGCCUGUUCGCGACGCACUACCACAAGUUGGCGGACGCGCAUGCGGACGACCCCACCACCUCCAUCCGCCACAUGGCAUGCCACGUGGACCGCGAUGCCGCCGGCCGCGAACAGGUGACAUUCCUGUACCAGCUGCAGGACGGCGCGUGUCCAAAGUCUUACGGGACGGCAUGCGCGCGGCUGGCCGGCAUGCCGGACGCCAUCCUAGAUCGUGCCGAGGCCCUGGCUGCCCAGCUGGAGGCUUCAGGCAGCCCAACAGCUGCGCAAGCACUCGGGCAGCCGACUGCACAUGCACGGAGUGGAACCCUGGACAUUAAGGAGAUGGGAACAUGGCUGAGGGGGUUUCAUAGGAGCCUGGAGGCUGCCAGUGGGAGAGGAGAUGCUCUGGUGAGCCUGCAGCAGGAGGCCAGGAAGCUUGGGGCAUCCUGA